CCGGAAGCUCAUUGUGUCUGUACGUGACUUGACGUUGCUACAAGCCAGAAGCAGCAGUACAAGGUUGCUCGACACACAUUUUACCAUCUCUCCGAGUGUUUCUGUGGACUUUCGGAGUGAACAUCCAGACUGGGUUUAGCUCAGGAGUACAGAGCAGCACCAUGGCGUCCGGAGGCCCCAUGAUGAACGGCGACAUCGCUCGCUCUCCCAGUCAGCCCGGCACGCUGGAGGAAACCCUGCAGCAGAUGAACAACCUCAUCCAGGAGAACCGAGACCUAAAAGAGGCCCUGCGUCAGACCAACCUGACGAUGAAGGAGCGUUUCGAAGGGCUGUCUGUGUGGCGGGAGAAGCAGCGGGAGGAGCGGGACUUCCUGGAGAGCAGGCUGGAGGAGGCUCGGGACCGCAUGGCGGCACUGACCCUCCAGAACCAGGAGCUGAGCAGGAGGCUGGAGGUGGAGGGGAGGACAGGGGGAGCCCUGGGAGACUUGCUGGCAUCCCAUCAGAGUGUAGAAGUGGAUGCCCUGCGUGCCCAGGUUGCUCGCCUGCAGGCGGAGAAGAACGACCUGGUGGCCAUGAACUCUGAGCUGCAGCUGAAGGCGGACCAGGACUCGCACGACGACUCCUUCAUUGAGAUCAUCAGGGUCUCGGACGGAGGCGUGGACGGCGUGGACGGCGUGGGCGGCGUGUGUGGUUCGGAGCGCAGCAGACGUCCAGAACUGAGCAUGACGGCGUCCCGGCUGGACAGCGAGGAGGUGACCGUCAGCCAGCUCCUCCAGUCACUGAGGAACGAAACACAGCGGGCCGAGCGGCUGCAGGCCGAGCUGCAGUCCUCUGCUGCCAGAAUUAGAGAGCUGGAGGAGAGGAAGAGUAAUGUAGAGGAUUCAACACAGACCACCGAAGCAGAGCCUACAGAGACCAAGGAGGAUUCUGGGAAAGAGGAAAAGGCAGCAUCUGAGGUGGAGAAUCUCAAGUCUCAGAUGAUGACGCUGUUCAAAGAGCUGCAGCAGGCCCAGAGCAAGCUGGAUGAAGCAGAAGGCAUGAAGAAGAACCUGCAGGACAGAUGUCGGGAAGUGGAGCAGGACGUGGCCACUCUGAAGGCCCAGCUGGUGGAGAAACAGGCUGUUCAGGCGGAGAACGACCGGCUGAAGCUGCAGCUGGACAGCAUGCAGGCCCAGAACCAGAUGGAGCAGAGGAAGGCUGGGGAGGAUAGGAACAAUCUGGCCCAGCUGAAGGAUGCCUACACCAAGCUAUUUGAAGACUACAAUGAACUCAAAGAGGAGAAGAAGAAGAGAGAGUCUCAGCUGGUGCAGAAGGAGGUGGUGGACCAGCUGCAGGAACAGCUGACUGCCGCCGAAGAGGCCCUGGCUGCUAAACAGAGCAAGAUUGAUCACAUGAAGCAGGAGAUCUUCCAGAAGGAGAAGGAGCUGGAGACCAUAUCUGUCUUCCAGGCUCAGGCGGAGGUCUACUCCUCAGACUUCUACGCAGAGCGAGCAGCGAGGGAGAAGCUCCAUGAAGAGAGGGAGCGUCUGGCUGCUCAGCUGGAGUACGUAAAGAAGCAGAACACCCAUCUGCAGGAGGAGAUGGACUCACUAGGCCGGCGGUCGCUGAACGAGAUGCAGAGGAGACAUGUGUCAAUGGGAGGAAAUCAACUCGGAGCUGGCCCUACAAUGGUUGGAAGAGGUCCUGACUGGCAGCAUCAGGGGAAUAUUCCCGAACAUGCCUGUCCCAAGUGCAAUGAGAUCCUGCCGGACCUGGACUCCCUGCAAAUCCACAUCAUGGACUGCAUCAACUAGACCUCCAUCAUUACAAGCAUCCACAACAACAGCGGCUACAUUAGCACCUUAAUCUGAGUCUUCCUCUGCUUUUACCUGUACCUCUUCUUGGAUCCCCGAGACGACACUUAGUGUUCCAUGAUAAUCUCAUUCAAAUUCAUUCUAGAAAGGGAACAAUUUGGUUUUGGUAGAAUUUAAGUAGAUGGAUUUCAAAGCUGUAUUGAGAGUUCUUACCCAAGAGAUGGAAGUCUGAAAAUAGUUGGUCCUCUCUAGUUUGUUAAAUUUGAAAAUUGCUUAAAAAGAUUUAGAAUAGAACAGGAAAAAUAUUGUAGGACACGUCUUCUUGCAGGUUUUGGGCACAUCUGGCACAUAGUCCGUUGCUGUGAUGACUGAAAAGAUCAAAACAGAAACUGCACAAACACUUUGAUAAGAUUUCAGUUUGGCGCUGUCUGCCUGUCAUGCACACAUCAAAUAAGUUCAGCCUUUACAAGUUGCAUUUGUUUACCAAGUAUUUGGUUGCUGAAGGUUUUUUAUUUUACUUUUUUUAAGGGUUUCUUGUCAAAUUAAAAUGAAAAUCUUUCUUUUUUUUUUUUGCUUGGAAAGGAUAUUUUAGCUCAUAAUUGGGUUGUUAAUCAGAAAUACUUUAUUGUAAUAAUGUUGGUGGGAAAAGGAGCAUGCACCAUGUAGGCACUUUAAUAUGAAGAUAUAUAUUUUAUUUUGACUCUGCAGAUGAUACCUGGUUAUUAGAAUGUAAUAUAUUUAACUUGUUAAUGAACCUAUCACUGUAAGCGACAGCCCUUGUAAGUGCAGGAGGCUCCAACACCCUGCUGAUUCUGUACUCUGUAGAUUAUAAAGGCAUUCUGAUCCCAUGUUGUAAUUCUGUCAAUGAAAAUAAAAUAAUCAAAACACUUGAA